UCUCUCCUACCACCCACCUGUUACUUGAUCCGGCCCUACACACUCACACUCUCCCUAUCAACCAUCUAUACAUACACACCCUUCUAUCUCUAUACCUUCACCUCCACUGACCAACAACAAAUGGAAGCACUUAUGGGUUCCUCUUCAUACCUCAAACUGCUUUCCAACUCCUCCUGUAGUAAUUUCAACAAUAAUAAUUUCUUCACCAAACCACACCCCUUUCACACAAUCAAACCUCUCGAUUUCAAGCUCUCUGUUUCAUCUCGUACAACUGUUCGUCCCCUUUCUCUCUCAUCAUCUCACGCACAGGCAGAGGUCGAUCAUCACAAAUUGCUGAUACAAGAUUCGCCUAACGGAUACACAGUUGAGGCAGAAACACAAACAGUUGGUGUGCAAUUCCAGUUACGUAGAGAAUGCUCGUUUGGACAGAACUUUUUAAUAACAGGCGAUCAUCCCAUCUUAGGUUUAUGGGAUCCUAACAAUGCCGUUCCGUUAACUUGGUCCGAUGGUCAUAUAUGGACUGUACAUCUCGACAUACCCAUAGGAAAAUGCAUCAAAUUCAAGCUCAUAAUGCAAGAAAGCGACGGUAAAUACGUGUGGCAGCCUGGCCCUGAUCGCGUUCUCGAAUGCUUUCAAACAGACAAGAUUAUUACUUUAUGCGAGGAUUGGGAAAACCCGGAUUCCAGAACAAUAAUCGAAACCGACCCGUCAAUGAAUCAAGAAAUCCAAUUUGUCGAACCGUCAGUUGGCACUACUGUCACCGAAGAACCAAACGAGUAUGCGAUAAAUAUGAAGGAAGUAUUGGUGUCUGAUGAAGUGGUGCCGGUUUUAGUACCUGGUUUGAGUCAACUGCCACUCGAUGAAGGUCCGGAUGAUGAACCCGAGCCCGCGAAUGGAGCUGCUAUGGCGUCUACAGGACAUGAUAUGGCUAAGGUAGUACCUGGUUUGAGUCAACUGCCGGUCAAUGAAGGUCCAAUUGAUGAACCCGAGCUCACGAAUGGAGCCGCUAUGGUGUCUGCAGGACCUGAUAUGGCUAAGGACCUCACACUGCCUGAGUUAGAUUCGAAAAGGGAUAUUGCAAAUACCUCGAAUUCGAAUCCAAGACCCGAGAUAUCAUCCAUACAAGAAAAUCAAGAAUCUUGUGAGAAUAAACAUCAAGAAAUGCAAGUAGCUGAAGAAUUACAAGAUCAUCAAGCUACUCAACCGAUGAUAAGUUUGCUUGAUAACGACAUUCAUUGGAGCACUAACGUUAUGCAGAAAUUUCUUAACAUUUUCGGCAUUCAAUAGCUACAAACUUGAUUCAUAAGUGCUACAAAAACUUGAUAUGUUGUGUGUAUAUUAUGAUCAAACCAUCUUGUAUUGUGAGUUCUUCUACAUGGUUGUAUACCAUGAAAUUAUUGUCUAGUUGUUUGGUUGACAGACACAAUAUAUAUUGAUGACAUAUUGAUUUU